CCUGGGCGUAGACGGUCGACACAGCCAUGUGGGGACUUGGGACUCGGACGUCGGUGACUCUGUUGGCUGUCAUCGGUCUUGCAUCUCUCCUGCAGUGUGAUGGUAUGACCAGCUUCAAGCGGGUAUGUUACUACACCAGCUGGAGUCAGUACAGAAGCGGGGCCACCUUCUUCCCUGGGAACAUAGAUCCUGACCUCUGCACCCACAUAAUCUACAGCUUCUACUUGUUCAACGAGGGCACCUGGGAUCUCCGACCUGAUGAAUGGAACACUGGAUCUUUGUUAUCUGGUCUCACUGCUCUGCGCAGCUCCAACAAUGAGCUGAAGAUUAUGAUAGCCGUUGGAGGGUUCAACUUCGGCUCCACGGCCUUUUCUGCCAUGGUUACCACAAGUGCCAACCGAGCGGCCUUCAUUUCCAGCGUACUGGACACUCUGUCCAGCAACAGUUUGGACGGUCUUGACCUGGACUGGGAGUACCCGGGGACCAGAGGAGGAACGACAGAAGACAAGGACAACUUCGUGUUGCUCUGUCAGGAGCUGAAACUUGCCUUUGAACCUUUCGGCUACCUGCUGUCAGCAGCCGUUCCUGCUGGAUACCAAAACAUUUACGCCGGCUACAACGGCGAGACGGGAAAGUACUUAGACUUCGUUAACGUCAUGGGCUACGACUACAACGGUCCCUGGGAUCCUACAACCGGCCACAAUGCACCAUUGUAUUCUCGGGCGGACGACCUGAACACACGGUUUACUUUGACAGAAACCCUUCGAAUCUACAACGAAGAACUUGGGAUUCCAAAGUCAAAGCUAAUUGUUGGAAUGCCGACGUACGGGCAUACAUGGACCCUGACAAACCCCUCCCAGAACGGCGUCAGAUCCCCCGGCACCCCAGGGCCAGCGACAACCUUCGUGAAAACCCCGGGGGUCAUCGCGUACUUCGAGGUCUGCACCAAUACCUCCUUCCAGCGUGUGUUUGAUAACGUAGCUCUCGUUCCAUAUGCUGUGUUUGGCUCCUUUUGGGUCUCCUACGAUGACGUUGUAAGCUUCGCCAUCAAGACAGAUCUGGUGAUAAACGAGGGCUAUGGGGGCGUCAUGUUCUGGUCGCUAGAUUUUGAUGAUUUCAAUAAUCUGUGCGGAGGAGGCAGAUUCACCCUCAUCAAUUCCGUCAAGAAUAGACUUCUAGAUGCCACGGUAACAACGUCUACUUCAACAACAACUCCUACAUCCACUACGUUUACAACUACUACGUCUACAACUACGACCACUACCACUACUACUUCUACAACAACAACAACCACUACAACUCCAUCUACUACUUCUACAACAACAACAACCACUACAACUCCAUCCUCUACUUCUACAACAACAACUACUACUACAACUACUACUACUACAACUCCGACUACCAUGUCUAAUGGAGAACUCACGGACGAUGAUGAAUGCGAUUAUUAUACAGAUCCCACCCAGGCAAACAACAGGUGGUGGUAUUAUGCAAACCCUGAUGACUGCGGACAGUACCGUUUCUGUUUUGGGGAGGUUAUCUGCCUUGGUUUUAUGAAUUGUCCGCCCGGCACUCUCUGGGACCACAGAGCUCUCGCCUGUGAUCACUCCGACAAAGUCACAUGCGCGUGUGCCGAACGAAAUGAUUAAUGCGACUGCUAAUAUUUAAAAUAUUUUGUACUAGUCUGCCAGAAGAAUAUACUUGAAAAAUUCAUAUGUCAACUUUAUCGAUAACAUUGACUAAUGUGUUGGAGAAAUACAAAGGUCAUUAUUUUAUUUUUUUAUAAUCUGAUUUUUUAAAAAGACCCACACCCAUGUAUGUAGUUGUUAUGGUAACUGAAAAAUAGUCAAUAACAGACUUAACGCUCGAUGUUGCAUAUAGUCCCAUCUGUAGUAUAUCCAUUGAUCAAACAGCAAGUGUACCAGCAUGUUUGAAAAAUAUAACAAGUACUGUGUCCACAUGAUAUGGUUCCUGUUGAAUUCCUUAAAGAGGGGCUACGCUUGGGCUUUAUAUCACUGACGACACACAACGGUACACUGUCACACCCUUAACAGCGCCAAGACCUUGGUGUGAAAGAAUCCCCAAACCUUGGAGCAUUGUCCCUCUUUAAAAUGAGAUAUCUGUGUGUCGGUCUCUAAUCCAUAAUACAAGAAAUGAAAUCGUACAUGUAA